GUUGACUGGAGACGGGCCGGAGCGCCGGCUCCCAGCUUCGGCGGCCUCUAGUGAGAUCCAGAGGGGUCCAAGGAUUCCGUAGCAACAAUGCUGUCGAGGCUUUUCCGAAUGCAUGGCCUCUUUGUGGCCUCCCAUCCCUGGGAAGUCAUAGUGGGCACAGUGACACUGACCAUCUGUAUGAUGUCCAUGAACAUGUUUACCGGUAAUGAUAAGAUCUGUGGAUGGAAUUAUGAGUGCCCAAAGUUUGAAGAGGAUGUUUUGAGCAGUGACAUUAUAAUUCUAACAAUAACACGGUGCAUAGCUAUCCUGUAUAUUUACUUCCAAUUCCAGAACUUACGUCAACUUGGAUCAAAAUAUAUUUUAGGUAUUGCUGGCCUUUUCACAAUUUUCUCAAGCUUUGUAUUCAGUACAGUUGUUAUUCAUUUCCUAGAUAAAGAAUUGACAGGCUUGAAUGAAGCAUUGCCUUUUUUCCUGCUUUUGAUUGACCUUUCCAGAGCAAGUGCACUAGCAAAGUUUGCCCUCAGUUCCAACUCACAGGAUGAAGUAAGGGAAAACAUUGCUCGUGGAAUGGCAAUUUUAGGUCCUACGUUCACCCUUGAUGCUCUGGUAGAAUGUCUUGUGAUUGGAGUUGGAACCAUAUCAGGAGUGCGUCAACUGGAAAUUAUGUGCUGCUUUGGCUGCAUGUCAGUUCUUGCCAACUACUUUGUAUUCAUGACUUUCUUCCCAGCUUGUGUGUCCUUGGUUUUAGAGCUCUCUCGGGAAAGCCGUGAAGGGCGGCCAAUUUGGCAGCUCAGCCAUUUUGCCAGAGUUUUAGAAGAAGAAGAAAAUAAACCAAAUCCUGUUACUCAGAGGGUUAAGAUGAUUAUGUCUCUAGGUCUGGUCCUUGUUCAUGCUCAUAGUCGUUGGAUAGCUGAUCCUUCUCCUCAGAAUAGUACAGCUGAAAACUCGAAGGUUUCUUUAGGAUUGGAUGAAAAUGUGUCCAAAAGAAUUGAACCUAGUGUUUCCCUCUGGCAAUUUUAUCUCUCAAAAAUGAUCAGCAUGGAUAUUGAACAAGUCAUUACCCUAAGUUUAGCUCUCCUUCUGGCUGUCAAGUACAUCUUUUUUGAACAAGCCGAGACAGAGUCUACACUUUCAUUAAAAAACCCUAUCACAUCUCCAGUACUAACUCAGAAGAAAGUUCCAGAAAAUUGUUGUAGACGUGAUCCUGUACUUGUCAGAAAUCACCAGACCUUCCACUCAUCGGAGGAGACCAGAGUAAGCAAUGAAAGAAAAGUUGAGGUUAUAAAACCCUUAUUGGCAGAAACUGACACCUCAAACAAAGCUACAUUUGUGGUCGGCCACCCCUCACAUGAUUCUUCACUGGAACCAGAGACACAACAGGAACCUGAAAUUGAACUUCCAGCAGAGCCUCGGCCUAAUGAAGAAUGUCUGCAGAUACUUGAGAAUGCAGAGCAAGGUGCAAAAUUCCUCACUGAUCUUGAGAUCAUUCAGUUGGUCAAUGCCAAGCUUAUUCCAUCUUAUAAACUGGAAACUUUGAUGGAAACCCAUGAGCGAGGUGUAUCUAUUCGCAGACAGAUGCUUUCACAGAAACUUCCAGAGCCUUCUUCGCUACAGUAUCUUCCUUACAGGAACUAUAAUUAUUCCUUGGUGAUGGGUGCUUGUUGUGAGAAUGUCAUUGGGUAUAUGCCCAUCCCCGUUGGAGUGGCAGGACCUCUGUUCUUGGACGGAAAAGAAUUUCAGGUUCCAAUGGCAACCACAGAAGGUUGUCUUGUGGCCAGUACGAACAGAGGCUGCAGAGCUAUAUGUCUUGGUGGAGGUGCUAGCAGCCGAGUCCUUGCAGACGGAAUGACUCGUGGCCCGGUGGUGCGUCUUCCCCGUGCUUGUGACUCUGCAGAGGUGAAGGCUUGGCUUGAGACCCCUGAAGGGUUCGCGGUGAUAAAGGAGGCAUUUGACAGUACUAGCAGAUUUGCACGUCUACAGAGACUUCAAAUGAGUAUGGCGGGGCGCAAUCUUUAUAUUCGUUUCCAGUCCCGGUCUGGUGAUGCCAUGGGCAUGAACAUGAUCUCAAAGGGUACCGAGAAAGCACUUUUGAAACUUAAUGAGUAUUUUCCUGAAAUGCAAGUUUUAGCCGUCAGUGGUAACUAUUGUACAGACAAGAAACCUGCUGCUAUAAACUGGAUAGAGGGAAGAGGAAAAUCUGUUGUUUGUGAAGCAAUCAUUCCUGCCAAAGUUGUCAGAGAAGUGUUAAAGACAACUACAGAAGCUCUGAUUGAGGUCAACAUUAAUAAGAAUCUUGUGGGCUCAGCAAUGGCUGGGAGCAUUGGAGGCUACAAUGCACAUGCGGCCAAUAUCGUUACUGCCAUCUACAUUGCCUGUGGGCAGGAUGCAGCGCAGAACGUUGGUAGUUCAAACUGCAUUACCUUAAUGGAAGCAACUGGCCCCAGAAAUGAAGAUCUGUACAUCAGCUGCACCAUGCCAUCCAUAGAAAUAGGAACUGUUGGGGGCGGCACCAACCUGCUCCCUCAGCAAGCCUGUUUGCAGAUGCUGGGUGUUCAGGGUGCUUGCCAGGAUAAUCCUGGGGAAAAUGCCCGGCAGCUUGCCCGAAUCGUGUGUGGUACAGUCAUGGCUGGGGAAUUGUCACUGAUGGCAGCAUUGGCAGCAGGACAUCUUGUUAAAAGUCACAUGAUUCACAACAGGUCAAAGGUAAAUUUACAAGAUCUCCAAGGAACCUGCACCAAGAAGGCAUCUUGAAUAACGUGACUUCUGAACUGCACCGUGGGCAUUGGGUUCGGAAGGACUAAACAUGAAAUCUGUGAAUUAAAAAGCUCAAUGCACGGUCUUAUUGAGGAUGAAUAGACAUGAUCAUUGAGAUGACCCCUCUGUUUCUGGCUCUUUGAGAAGGGUCUAAGACCCUUUCCAUGCCAUGCCAAUCAGAUCUGAGCCGUGUAGUGCUUCAUACAUUGCUCAUUGGGAAGAUCUCAGCUUCAAUAUACACUUUAAAUCAUCACAGAUGGGAAUCUAUAACCCACUUCUAAAAGGGAUUACAAGCCAGAAAAAAUGUGCUUUCUUUUGAUGAAAUUUUCUUUUAAUGAAACUGGUUUGUGGUGAUAAGUGCGAGUUUGCCCUUCCUCCCAGGGCAAAAUAAGUCUGGGUUGUAAAACUUGAAAUAAGAGCUAAUCUUACUUUUUUUUAAUGUAAACUAAUACUUCAUUUGGUGCUGGUCUAUUUUUAUUUCUUUUGGGUUUAGCCAACAAUUACUCUUCACCCAGGGACCUGUUUUCCUCAUGGGAAUAAUUUCUCUUAUUCUCAAACUCAGAGUAAUGUGCAGAGCAGUGUGAAAUAGUUCUCUAUCAAGAAAACAAAUCACUGCAUUUAUCUCGUAGGUUCUUUGUGCAGAGAGGCUUCUUGUCUAAAUAUAAAUGUUUGAUUCACCUGUACUAUUUUUCUGCAUAAGGCUUUAAGAAAAGAGAGUUUUUGUCCUCUUUAUUAAACAUGGAAGAGUAAUGAUGCUUGAACAAAAGUGAUUCUAUUGAUCAAGAACAUACAUGUCUGUAAUCUCUCAGAAUAAGAGUGUAAAAGGUUGGAAAGGUAAAUACCAUUUCUCUAAGCCAAUUUUAAGUUUUGAAAGGACACUUUAAUAGACUUAGCCAAAAACCUAGAUAGUUUUUCUUUUGGUAAAGAACUGUAUCAGACUGUAUAUGUUGUAAUAAAGCUUCAUAUGCUAGCAAUUUACUGAAAGUGUUCAAGAGAGAAAGAAAACCAAUUCGUAUACCGGUUUAAGUAACACUUGAAUCUUGGACCAGAGAAGCUAGUGUUCUUUCGUGAGAACCCUGGCUUGCUACUUGAGCCUAAUAAAAGGGAAAGUCAGCAUUUGGAGCCAGGGAAGGUGCCACGUGAAUGGCCCUGAAGGAAUGUGCCUUGUUCCUGUGGCCAGGAGGUGGGUGACUGAACCACGUACACAGGGCUCUUUGAUGGACCCAUAAGAGCUCAUAGCUUCCUCAGGGGGUCAGCAGAGUUGUUGAAUUUUCCUUUUUUUUAAUGUACAAGUUUUGUAUAAAUAAAGAACUCCUUAUUUUGUAUUACAUGUAAUGCUUCAAGUGUUGGUCUUGGAGAACUAAUGUCUCAUGUAGAAUACGGACUAUAAAAACAUUCCAGUACUGCCCUGGCAGCAUGGAGAGCCUCUGAAUGGUUGUAUUUGCAGUGUUACCGUUGAAGACUGACCUUUUCUGUUGUAUGUAAAGUGGAAAUGGCUUCUGUUAUGACUUCUCAGCCAGUGACAUAUUUACCAGAUGAUCUUUUCAUGAAAGUGGCAGUGAAAAGUAUGUUGAGUGUUCGCUUCGGUAAGACUAACCAGUGUGACUAUAACUUGCUAAGUCAAUGUUUUGUACAAUUACUAAAUUGUAUACAUUUGUUACACUUUUAUUUCCAGUACUAGUAAAUUAUGAAAAGGAAGUUAA